AUGCUGUUGCUCGGUGUCUUGGGCACCGUCUUCGGGCUGCUGCUCUCCCGAAGCCGGGAGGUGGCCGAUCUGGCCAGCAGCAUCUUUGGCUCCUUUGUGGCGGUCACCGGAGAUGCACACCAAGCCAAGGUGGCACAGGACAUCUUUCGACAGCAAGUCCGGUAUGAGCGUUCCAUUCAGAUUCGGGAAGACAUGCGCGACGUCAACAAGCUGAUGAUGGAAAGCGUGCAGACACAUGUCAUUAUGGGCAGCAUCAUCCUGGGCGUUUGCUGGAACAUGUGCAUCGAGGGCUUUCCACCUGAGGAGUCGGAGCGCACCGUGGUGGGGCUGUGGUUGGUCUUCACCUGCUGGGCAGUGACCUUCACCCUGAUUGCCCUUUGGUUGGCGCUUCGCUUCCAGAUGAAGAUGUCCUCCAGCGCGCGUGACCGGCUGCUACGACGCCACAGGCUGAUGGUGCCUGAUGACCUGGUGGUGGGCCGCAUGGGUGGCCAUAACGUGGUGAACCAUGUGGCCAACUUCCACAGCUGGAUGCUAUCCACCAUCAACAGCAUGACCACCAAUGAGCCAAAGGAUGAGGAAGAGCAGGUUGUGAGAGCUCGCAGACGUCAUCAGAAUCUUCGGGUGCACGUCGAAGCCUUAGAGUUGACCACACCCAUUGAUGCAGAGCCGCUGCGGAAAGGAAUGCAUGCCUGGCUGCAUUCGGACUCCGGACAGGAGAGGUCCUGGUCCCAUCACACCUUGCUGGACAUCCCGUUCUUCCUGACCGGAGAGACCUUGAUCCGUUCACCCUGGAACUUCAAAGGGGAUCGCAUCUUGGCGCUGCGGGUUUACGGAGAGUCCACCUUGUAUGUGGCAGCUCAGUGCCCUCCUUUGGGCACUGGAAAGAAGGAGAACGCCACCAGCCAGCAUGGCUUGCGCAAAGCUCUGUGGCUGGCUGGGCAAGUGCCUGAUUGGCCUGCAGACGAAUUGCCACAAGCCCUUCACGGGUUCCAUGAAGAUUGGUGUGGUGAGAAUGGCUAUGGAGAAUUUCGACGGGUGGAGGGGUUUUCAAUGUACGUUGAUCGCAACGAUAUUGAGAUGCCGCUGUACAAAUUGGUACUGGCAGACCCCAAGCAGAAAGAUUUCGUUGAUGUCGUGAUACGAUGGAAUUUUAAGGCUGGUUGUGAGGCAUUGGUGGUGGUUGCACGCCAAGGGCAGGUUCACUGCAAAGAGGAGGAUUGGCCCCUUGCGGAGUUCAAUGCCGAGGUCAAAGAGGUCCUAAACCUCCGACGCUACUCCGGGCUUUUCCUACGACAUGGCACCUCAUGCUUGGUGAUGGCCUGCUGUGUCUUGUACGUCGCCCGCAUGAGUGUCUUGCUGCAGAGCCAGAGGCUUUGGUGGUACGAGCCCGUCUUAGUGGCCAUCGCCAUGCUGCCCUCCAUCGUGGCCAUCGGCAUCAUGCCGCUGGACGUCUGGGAGAAGGAGACCCUCUUCGCCGACCGACGGGGGAAAGCCCAGCUUGAAGAGGUGAAUGUGGUCACCCCCAAGUCCUCACCCAUCGCGGCACCACGCAGCGAGCUGGGUGCCCCGCGGCAGGGGGAGGCGGUUUCGCCCUCGGUGAGUCGGACGUCGACCGGGUUGCAGGGCCCAGCGCGAAUCUUGUUGGAGGAUGGUCUGAGCUCAUCACCAGGCUUGACCUUACCUGGCAUCGAGCAGCGAAGAAGCCGCAUGAGAUCUCAGUCGGCUCCGCCCAAAGAAAGACCUAUGGUUCGGAGGUUGGAGAAUUGCUGCACCGAGAUGCGGAUCGGCUUGGAGAAUUGUCAGGUCGUUGCGCACGACCGGGAGCAGUUGACGAUCCGCAAUCUCCGCCAGCAGGCGGCACCUCCGCCCGAGCCACCGCCUCCCUUGCCGUCAGGUGACGCGCAUGAGAUUCUCUGGUCGGGCUCCCCGGUGGGGGUGAGCAGCGGAGAUGGAGGUGGAAAUCCUGAGGGUUUGGGGAUUUGGGGCGAGGACAAGGCCGAACAAUUAGCCUUGCAGAUUGCCAAGAGCGCCAGCAGUGAGUCGGAGAAGAGGAGGCGUCGAUUUUCCUGCCCCAAGUGGGGCUAUGCUUCGGGCUUAAUCCUUGGGGCUCGACUGUUGGAGCUGCUCUUGGCCCUCUCAGCCUUAUCGGUUUUGAUUACCUCUCCGGCCAUUCUGGGGAGUGCCACCCCCAUUUCUUCGGGGGAGGGAAGAAGCGUGGAGUGGAGGCUCGAGCCCAGUACGUGGCCGGCCUUGUUCCGCCCCAGCGCCGCGCUGCUCCGUGGGCCAACGCUGUUGGUGGCGGCGGGGCCGCUGCUCCGCAGCUUCGGCGUGUCCGGCGGCCGCUGGGCGCCCUUGGGGGAACCCCGCUUGCUGCCUGGGGCGGUGCUCGGCCUGGUGAGCUGGGAGGGCCAGGCGCUCGCGCUCAGUGCUGAUGGGCUUAGGCCGGUGUCGAACGCAGAUGGGCUCAGCGCUCCAGCGGAAAGGCUGAAUCCACUGGACUUGGUGGCGCUAGCGCUGGAGGCCCCUCGUCUCGCUGCGCUGCCGCCCCGUGUGAGCUCACCCAUCUCGCGGGCCUCGGGGGCGACAUGGCCGGGAGCCGACGUCGCGGCCGUGGUGCUACAUGGGGCAGCUGGGCUCCAGCUGUGCCGGGCCAGCAACUCCUCUGGGGAGCUCAAGUUCGACUUCAUUUCCAGUCUCAAGCCCGUGGGUCUUUUGCCGGAGAUCACUGCCUUGUUCUUUUGCAGCUCCUGCGGCAGCGGCGGCCAGGGCAGCGUGCUGUGGACGUUAGGGCCUCAAGGGCAGUUGAGUGCCAUCGGUUUCGAGUCGGGUCGAGUGCUGGCGACCUUCCAAGCUGCUGGGGAUCUAGCUGCCGACGGGAGCCCGAACUUGCUGACUGGCAAUAGCACUCAUCUGCUUCUGGUGACCGUGGGGUCAUCGUCAGCGCCGGCCAUUUUCUCCAUUCCACAUCCAGUCUUAGACUUUGGUUAA